CUCUCUCUCUCUCUCUCUCUCUCUAUCUAUCUAACUGUACCAUAUAUAUAAGUUGAUUUUGCAUGCACAUAUCUUCCUUCAUCUCAACUUCCAAAGCUCCUUGCCCUUACACACAAAUUAUACUCGCGCGAUAUUGUUAAUGGAUUGCUUGGUGCUGCCGGUGGCGCUAUUGAGCCGGCGGUGCUCUGGAUCCCGGCUGGGCUACCGGCAACUCGUCAAGGACGGGCUGGGUGAGCCCGACGGCCUGGUGACUGUGGUGGUGGGGAAGGAGAAGAGGGAGUUCUUGGUCGACGCGUACGUGCUCGAGGAGAACCCGUUCAGGGUAUUGAUCAACGCCGUCACGAGCAAAGGGGAUGGAGGAGGUCCCAUCGCUAGGAAGCGGAGCAAGCGGAGGGAGAGGGUGAUCUUCGUCGACGUCGACGCGAUCUUGUUCGAGCACAUGCUGUGGCUGAUGCACAACGACUGUCCGUCGCUGUUCCAGCUGAACGUGGAGGAGAUCAUCGACUUCUACGCUCAAGAAAAUUAGAGACGAAAGCGUACAAGCACCCAUUUGGAAAAGGUCCAAAGGUAGAAACUUCAUGAAAUAAUUUAAUAAUUCUUUUCUAUAACUAUAGUCGUUUUCUUCCAUGGCGUGAGCAAUCCAUUUCUAAUGGUCCGUCCUUAGUCAAUAACCCUAAGUUCUUGGUUUGGAUGUAUAUACAUGCAAUGACGCAUCAAUGUAUUCACCUACUCUCUUCAGAAUAUGCUGCUGCUUGCGUUUGUUUGUUUUGGAAAAAGAAUAAAGACUGAUGGGAUUAAAGCCCUAGACAUUUUUUGUA